AUGACAGGACGGACCCCUCUUGCACCAAGGUACUUCCCCGCCGCGCUAAUAACCGUUGACCAAGUCACCAUCAUCUGGGUCUUCAUAAUUCCUGAACAAACCUACUACUCCCCACCAACUAUGCCUUCCCUCCUAGAAAUCCCUCCUGAACUUGUGGAGCAGAUCAUCUCUGAUUUGGCAGAAGGGGAACCUCCUUCGAGAAAGCUCAUCUACGAACAGCCUUCAAAGUCUCUUCUAGAUCACGACUACCAUCCCCUCAAAGAUCUCUCUUGCACCUGUCGUAUCCUGAGGCGUCUUUGCUUCACUAGCUUGUUUUCGGCCCUCAAGUUGAACAUGGAGGUCGGUACAGGCUUCCUGGAAUUCAUCAAAAGUAGCCAGCUGGCUGGCCGGGUGGACAGCCUGGUCCUAUACACCACCACCGGAUGCCUCGGCAACAGCAGCUUCCUUUGGCCCCGAAUGGUUGAAGUUGUGGACCGUGUCAAUGCGCCGUCCAUGACCAUAAUCUUCCCUCCUUCGCUCUUCACGGAGAUCCUACCCUAUAGCCUCAACCUCGAUCAUGCCUGGGCAUUCAGUAUUGACUACCAAGUCCUGCACCUGGAAAUGGCUCCCAAUUCAGUUGCACCCAAAACGCCGGAAGAUGUUGUCAAAGAAAGUAACGUUUUCGCGAUGCGGCCAUGGACCCAUUGUACGUACAACGAGGGGUCCUCAGUCGAAGCAUACAGCACCUACGAGUACUAUCUCAAGGACAAACCCUCUCUCUUCUGUCCAUCCAACUCCAACCAAUUCGUGCGCACGAUGCAAAAUUCGCUCGACCACAUAACCUCCCUAGAUCUCAUCACCGUCUUCCCCACCAACCACCUGUGGUCUUUCGGCAAAUUCAUAAGUUUCAUGAAAAGUCUUCGCCACCUGCGCACGCAGCUGGCACCAACGCCUAGCAACAACAUCCUCGACGAUCCGUCGUCCCUGGGGAAGUGUCAAACCAAGGACCUCUGGAUGGAAUUUGAAAGCUCGUAUGCUAGGCUUGUCGAUUUCGUCGCUGGCGGAGGUUACGAUGAGUUCGAGUUGGGUGCUCUUGAACAAUUUACCAUUUUGGAUUAUGCCAAUGCAGCGCUGCGUGAGACAAUAGAUGGCGUUGUGGGGAAUCGUUUGGAUGAGUGGGAGCGAGGUCCGAGCGGCGGCAAUGUCAUAUCAUCAAACGAGCUGGCCAAGCGUCAGGAUUCUGAUGCCGUACAUGAUCAUGGCCAUGGCGAGCGUCUGGACUCUGAUGCUAUAUAUGACCAUGCCAAACGCCAGGACUUUGAUGCCGUAUAUGAUCAUGACCAUGGCGAGCAUCUGGACUCUGAUGCUAUAUAUGACCAUGCCAAACGCCAGGACUUUGAUGCCGUAUAUGAUCAUGACCAUGGCCAGCAUCUGGACUCUGAUGCUAUAUAUGACCAUGCCAAACGCCAGGACUCUGAUGCCGUAUAUGAUCAUGACCAUGGCGAGCGUCUGGACUCUGAUGCUAUAUAUGACCAUGCCAAACGCCAGGAGAACGCUGAUGCCUCGUACGAUCAUGCCGCUUCCCCCAAAUAA